AUGCCUUACGAUGGUGCUUUUACAGGCUACCGAUGGUCCUAUUUCUCAUCUCUCACGGAUGAAGCUCUGCGAUUAAGAGCGCAAAACUUCAUUGAAUCCACAAAUUGGAAUGCGCUCAUGGAAUACGCAACCACAGUGCGAGGUGGAAGAGAGUGCAAUAUUUUGCCUGAUAUUGGUCUUGGAUACAAUCAUAUGGUCCGCAUCAUUGAAUUCGACGACAAUGAACGGUGGAUAGCGCGAUUGAGAAUGCAAUCUUUAUCUCAAAACAGAGGCAGAUCGGAAACGACGGAAGACAUCAUGAAACUCGAACAUAAUAUGAUCUUGCUUGUCAAAGAGAACACCAACAUUCCUGUCCCACAGGUCCAUGCCAUUGAACUCGACCCAGAUUGCGGAGUGAACGCACAAUUCAUGUUGAUGGAUUGCUUAAAGGGCAACGUUGGAAUAGAUCUCGGUAUGGAAGUACCUUCUAGCCACAAAAGCUAUGUCAUUGCUAGAAUGGCGGAGAUCCAGGUUGAGCUCUCGAGAAUACAACUACCAAAAAUUGGGACUAUCCUUCACAGAAACGAUGACGGCUCGUUUGAACAAGGUCCUAUUCCUGGAAUAGGGGGUCCUUUCGAAACAGCUGCCGAGUUUUUCAAGGCAUGGGCGGCCAAAAUCGAAUUCGGUUUAUCUAAGGACAGAUUGAGAGAGGUAGCUGGCUCUCUUGCCGAUGAAUUAUCAUCAUCUGCGUCUUCCUUCAGAUCUUCAGUCGGUACUUCGGCUGAAAGCCUCUCUGUCCGAAAUAGAGGCCCUUUUCCGUUAUAUCACGGUGACUUCGGCCAUAGCAAUAUGAUUUUCGAUGAUGAGUACAAGCUGCUUGGUGUUAUCGACUGGGAAGCCGCAUUUGCAGGACCCUGGGAGAUAUCUGGCGAAUUCCCUUUGACACUAUCCAUUGUACCGCCUGAUAUGGAUGCGCCUUGGAAUUAUGAUGAGAAAGGUUACCCAAAAGACGCAGGUGAUAUACAGAAAUUUGCGGAUAGAGAAGCUUAUAUAGCGGUGGUGGCUGAAAAAGAAAGAGAAAUGGGUCUGACAGAGGGGUACCGUCUAUCAACGGCCCUAAAGGAUUCGAGCCGACAAUAUCUGGCUACCGCUAUGAGGCUGUAUCAGAGAGGAAUGCCUGGAUGGUAUGCGAAGGUAAUGGAAAGGCUUUCCAAAGGAACCACAUGCUAG